AUGUGUCUAUUGCUGGACCUCCCUAGAGAAAUGCCCCCGCACGUCAGAAAGUUGACCUUACACAUAGCCUUGACGGCGCAGCAAUUGAUAGCAAGGAGAUGGAAGUCCACGACCCUUCCCAAGAAGGCAAACCUCUUAGAGGAAUUGCAAAAGCAGUGGAUUUACGAAACCUCCUACACGUCCCUCUUCCGCCCCUCUACGCUCUAUAGGAAAACGUGGGAGCUUUGGCAAACAUGGAGAUCUGGUAAGGUACCGGGUAAAGCACCGGGGGCUGUACCUAGCAAAUGA